AUGACAUCUUCAGAAAAUGAUAGCCACAGCUCAACACCACGAUCCUUUACUGGUCAGACUGUCUCUGCAGAGGACCUACUAAAAUCGCAGACGGUUGGUCUGGUUCAUCUCUCCGACUUUCGCAAACGUCGCGCGGAGGUUUUAGAGCAGAAAGAAAGAGAGGCACAUGAUAAGUCUCUGGGGAGGCUUACAUCUGGUAACUCAAGAGGCGUUACCCCUUCAGCAAGCGACGUAACUGACGGUACCUCGACGCCACAAAGCGAGGGGCCUCCAAAGAAGAAGAAAAAGAAGAAGCCAGUUGUUAAGAGCAAACUGUCCUUUGGAAAUGAUGAGGAAGAUGACGAUACUGGGAACGAUUCCACCGCCACUGCGGGCGAGUUAAGUAUCGCGCGAUCUGCUUCAAAGACGCUUGUAGAUGACGGUUCUUUACCGUCUUCUCGUCGAAUUACGCCAAACCCCAAUGCACCGCCCCCUCCGAAAGCAAUGACCAAAGCAACGAUAAAGGCGGAAGCAGAGGCUCGAGACGCGCUACGCAAGGAAUUCUUGGCGAUGCAGGACGCCGUCAAGAACACUGAAAUUCUGAUCCCGUUUAUCUUUUAUGAUGGAACAAAUAUACCGGCAGGAACCGUCAAGGUCAAAAAAGGGGACCAUGUAUGGCUGUUUCUCGAUCGAUGUCGUAAAGUGGGUGCCGAAUUGGGAGUCGGUGGUAACAGCGGAGCGACCAAAGGGCGUAGAGAUAAUCGCCGUGAAUGGGCUCGGGUUAGUGUUGAUGACUUGAUGCUUGUGAAGGGGGAGAUAAUCAUCCCACAUCAUUACGAGCUUUACUAUUUUAUUGCCAAUCGUGUACCUAGCUUCUCUCGUACCGGCGGAUUACUGUUUGACUACACCAACAAACCUCCCCCAGCCAGUGUUACGGACAACCCUUUGUCAACACAAAGCCACAAUGGGCUCGAGGGAGCUGAUAAAGACCCCACACUGACCAAGGUAGUGGAUAGACGUUGGUAUGAGCGGAACAAACAUAUCUUUCCCGCCAGUUUGUGGCGGGAAUACGAACCUGGUCCGGAGUUUGAGGAAAAGAUGCGUUGUACAAAGCGCGAUGCGGCUGGAAAUACGUUCUUUUUCUAA